AUGAUGGAGAUGGCUUUGGGGGGUCGUCAGGUGCUGCCUGGUUCUGCUCAGAAGCAGCAGCAGCAGCAGCAGCAGCAGCAGCAGUUGCUGCUGCUGCUGCCGCAGGGUGCAGCAGCAGACAGCAGAAGGGGGCUGCUGUCUUUACAUUCUCCCGCAGUGCAGCAGCAGCAGCAGCAGCAGCAGCAGCGUGAUGCUGCUGCUGCUGGUGGUGGUGCUGCAGCAGCAGCAGCAGCAGCAGCAGCAGAAAUAGAUGCAGAAGAAACGCCGCUUAUUGUAUGCGAUACAAUUGAGGAGGAAGAGCAGCAGCAGCAGCAGCAGCAGCAGCAUGAGCAGCAGCUGCUGCUGCAGCAACAGCAGCAGCAGCAGCAGAAAUAG